AUGGUCACCUCCCCGGAUUUUAAAAAAGUGAUUAGAUUAGAAAAAGAAAAAGAAGUUAAGCUUAUCAUAUUGAAUGAAAGCUUUUGGAAUAAUUGUGCUAUAAUAGUAAAGGUCAUGACUCCAAUGUUGAGACUUUUACGGAUUUGUGAUUCGGAUGAGAAGCCGGCUUUAGGUUAUGUAUACGAAGGGAUGUAUAGGGCAAAAAAAGGAAUUAAGAAACUUUUUCGUAACAACAGAGAGUUGUACACCCCGUAUACUAACAUCAUCAAAAAUCGGUGGGAUAGGAUGUUGCGUAAGAGUCUUCAUGCUGCUGCUUAUUGGUUGAAUCCAAUAUUUCAAUAUGAUCAAGAAAAUUUUUCUAAGAAACCAGAGGUGGUUGGGGGGAUAAUGGAUAUGAUUGAGCGUUAUAGCAGUGCUGGUACUGUGGAUGGUCUAACUCUCAUGGACCAACUAAAGUUGUUUCGUGAGCAUGAGGGUAGUUUUGGUAGAAAACUUGCUUUCGCUUCUCACAAUACUACUCGUCCCGAUGAAUGGUGGAAAUUACAUGGUGGAGAUGCUCCGGAAUUGCAAAAAUUUGCAAUUCGAAUUUUAAGCCAAACUGCUUCUUCUUCCGGGUGUGAAAGGAAUUGGAGUGUCUUUGAGAGGAUCCACACUAAAAGAAGGAAUCGAUUGGAGCAUCAAAGACUUAAUGACCUUGUUUAUUUUCAUUAUAAUUUGCGUCUACAAAAUAGGCUCAAGGAUUACAAAAAGUCUUAUGAUCCGAUUGAUUAUGAAAGUAUUGAUAAAAUCGAGUUUUGGGUGGUUGAUGAAAUACCGGAGGAUGAACUAAAUUAUAAUGAAUUGGAAAAUAUGGUUGAAGAAGAACCACCAAACUACGAUGAAUCAAUGAUGUUUGAAUCCCAAGUUUCUCAAGAUGAUGAAGAAGAUGAUGAUGGAGCUGUGUUAGAAGAAAUUGACAUUGAUUCAUUUAGAUGA